UUCUGGUGUUUUCUACCAUUUUUGUACACUCGCCUCACUGAUCGUCUGCAGGAGUCAUAUUUUGUGCUCACAGCUCUCGAUAAAGUCUUUGUGCUACGUUUCAAGCAAAUCCAAGUUCUCGAGGUUACUUUGGCAAGAUGGUUGGUGUGUUUCUAGCCCUGCUGGGUUGGAUUGAGCUAAGCCCAGCUCCUUACUUUGCUUACCUAAUAGGAACGACGGAACCAGCUUUGAGGCUGCUUAUCUCAAUUCUACUGGGGUAUCCACUGGGAUUUGUGUAUAAUAAUUACAUUAAAAAAGAAUACCUACAAUACCAAAACCUAUUUUUCAUCGCCACAGGCUUGGAUAUUGCUAUUUAUAACUUCGGAUGGUCUCUUUACCACAAUUUUAUUCCAGGGAUAGUUAUUUAUUUGUCUACAAAGUUAUUGGGCCCCACAAAAUACAAUGUGAUUUUCACGUUUGUCUUUAAUAUGACGUAUUUAUUAGCUGGCUAUGUAAUGACGGAAUCAGAAGAAUACGACAUAACAUGGACUAUGCCCCAAUGCGUCCUCACACUUAAACUUAUAGCUCUGGCCUUUGAUUUAUGGGACGGACAGACAGUAGAAGAAGAGCCGCUCAAAUUUGAUGGUUAUCAGCAAAUGCCUCUAAAAUCGUCACCAACCUUUGAACAGUUGAUGGGAUUUAUAUAUUUUCCGGCCUGUUUUCUUGUGGGACCAAUUUUUUCCUACAGAAGGUACCUGGACUUCGUCGAAGAUAAAUUCCCUGUAGCUAGAGAACAUGAAUUUAUAAAAACGGAAGCACUUAAACGACUUGUGCUCGGCUUGGGCUACCUGUGCGCAUUUCAAGUUGGAACAUAUGUAUUCAGUAUGAAGUACAUGCUAUCUGAUGCCUUUUGGGACACGUCGAUAAUUUACCGUCACGUCUACUGCGGUCUAUGGGCUCAUUUUGCUUUGUAUAAAUACAUCUCAUGUUGGCUGCUCACUGAAGCCUCAUGCAUUCGCUUCGGUCUCUCCUACAACGGCGUUAUGAUGACAGUGAGCGGUGCAGUGUCGAAGUGGGAUGGCUGUAGCAAUAUAAAGCUAAUGAGGUUCGAAUGCGCGACAAAAUUCCAACACUACAUCGAUAGCUUCAACUGCAAUACGAAUAACUUCGCAGCUAAAUACGUAUAUAAAAGGCUCAAAUUUUUAGGUAACCGUAAUUUAAGCCAAGUUUUCACUUUGUUAUUUUUAGCUCUCUGGCACGGUACUAGAUCAGGUUACUACGUUACAUUCUUGAACGAAUUUCUCAUCAUCUACAUGGAAAAGGAUGUAGAAGCUAUUCUUUCCAAAACUGAAAUUUAUCACACUAUCUGGAAAUCGAAAGCUAAGUAUCUUUUAUAUGUACUUCUCAAGGCGUACACAAUAGUAUUCAUGGGUUGGAGCUUAGCUCCUUUCGAUUUGAAAGUUUACACCAAGUGGAUUCCACUUUACUCCAGUCUCUAUUAUUCGGGCUUUCUAAUAUUUUUGCCAUGGGGUUUUGCAUAUAAACCACUAGUUGUGAAGCUAAUUAAAAAGUAUACACAAUCUCAAUGAGGUUAGUAUUGACAUGGUUAAAUGCGGCAGUUAGGUCAUGAUUAGGUUGUUAAACUGGGUUUUAAUUCAUGAAUCCAUCCUUAGCUACCUAAACAUAGUUUUGCAAUAACCACCUGAGCUGUCACAUAUUCACCAAGACCGCUUAAGCUUAAUUCAGUUGUACACAAUUUCUACAGUGAAAAUGACAGAUCUAUCGACCGAAAUUAAUCAAUCAAUGCUAUCUAUCUGGAUGAUCAGUGAGAUGGUAGGUACAAUAUCGCUAUUAUAAAGUCACGGGGUUAUGCAAAUAUUUUUUAAGUUAUCUUAGUUGUAUAUAAUGAAUAGUCUAGUGCAUGAAUUUGACUGUAAGCCAAUAGCUGAUUUAAAUUACUUUGGGUUGUUCUAAAUGUAUCUUGCCUUAUUGCUCUCCAAAAAUAUUUUGAUAGUAUAAAAUAAACUUAAUGAAAUUUUGUUAUAUUUAAAAAUGAAAAUGGUACUUUACUUAAUUGCUACUAUAGGUUUAGCACAUAACUGAGGAGAGUACAUACAGUUGUCACAAGUUGAUGAAUCACUCCACUGUAGAUCGUUUCAAGGAAUAGUUCCUAUGGCGUUAUGUUGGCUCCCCUGUCUGGUCUAAGUCAUUGGCACCAUAUGGCAUGAGAAAACCAGACUUUGUUUAUUUUCAUUUAAUUUUCCUGAAUGAAUGAAAUGAAAAUAAACAAAAUCUGCGUCUUCUCAUGCCAAUUAUGGUGCCAAUGAAUUAGACAAACAGAGGAGCCAACAUAACGCCAUAGGACCUAUUCGUUGAAACGAUCUAUACCGCAGGAACCUAUUCAGUUAUGCGUUAUACCUGUAAUAAACGUCAUGAACUAAUAUUGUCACUAUUAGGGCCAGCACAGAUAAUUUUGUCUAAGCUAUUGACGGGCUGGUCCCGAAACUAGCGGAGUUUACUUAAAGCCAGAGGGCGAAAUAACAAAGUUAUUUAAAGUUAUGUCAAGUUUAAUUAUUAUAAUUAAUGGACAAAUGAAAAUAGAGUAUAUAGAAUUAUUAUUAUUAAUGGUUUAGUCUAGACAGCAGUAAUUUAUUUAACUUGUGUAAAUAGCUCUAGUUGUCUGAAUUGAAAUUGAAUUAAAAUUUACCCAUACUUAAGUUUAUUGCAAAGUUUAUUGGUAAAUGACCAUGUUGAUAUAAAAUGAUGUGUUUGUGUGGAAGUGCCUCACGGUUGUUCGGCCGAGGCAACUUGUCGCCAGAUAAACCUGAAGCAUGUCCAUUUCUACGGAUUAUCUGGCUCGUGAUAAUGCCAUGCACGCCUAUAAGUCUGGUGAAUAUUUAUCAAAAUUAAUUAUUAUUAUUGGAUAAAUUAAAAUAGAUUGUAUAGGAUUAUUUUUAUUAUGUCAUAAUGGUUUAGAAUAGACAGCCAGUAAUUUAUUUAACUUGUGUAAAUAGUUAUAGUUGUCUAAAAUGAGAUUGAGUGAAAAUCUAAAUUUACCCACGCUUAGGUUUAUUAUGAAGUCUAUUGAUAAAUGAGCUAUAAAACUUUGCGGUUCUUUGAAUAUUUAUUAUUUUAGAUAAGUACUCACCAACUAUUGUUUACCUUAUGUCUAGUAAAUCUUAAUUUGGGUUGCAAAUAAUAUAAUGUCGUUAACACACAAAUAGAUGUACUAGAUUCUUUUGAUUUACUAUACUUAUAGCGAACACUCGGGACUGCUCCCGUGGGCAUUUCGGAAAACCUUUCCUUUUUCCUCGUGUAGAUUAUUGAGGGAAUCUGUGCAAUAUUGCUUUCUAGGUCCAAAGGUUGAGUUUAAUCAGUCUAUGAGUAAGCGUAAUUUAUUUUUUAUUUUUAGAUAUCUUUACUUAUAUUGUAAGGAGGUAAAAUUUGUUAGUUUGGGAAAACAUUACCCUCCUGAAAAAGUGUAAAAUGUCUGGUAAAAUUUUUUUUAAAUUGAUUGAUAACUUUUAGUGCAUCCAUACAUUUACUAUUGUACCAUGUCAAUCAUAAUAAGAUAUAACUUGAAUGUUAGUUAUAUUUUAUAUUAGAAGCAAUAAUAGUUAUCCAGUAAUUUAUAUUUGUUUCUAUUAUUUAUUUAUGUCAUCUUGUUUACCAGGCGGACACUCAUAUAUUACCAAUUAAAUUAGAUUUAUCAUAGUAUUACCGCAACAGUAUUAGGCACUUUCAUGCAAAUUAGUAGGUUAAUAAUUAAUUGUCCAUUGUUUUAAAGUUUGGUAACAAGUUAGCCAGAAUGUAGUACAUCUAUUGUGUCAAUUACAUUAAAAUAAAUGAACAAUGAUUGAUUACGAUUACUUACUAAAAUAUUGUAUUAUGCCUCCAGUACAUACCUUAAGGCUUGAAUACACACAACGCGCUGCGGAAACGUGUCCAAUACGGCUCCUAGAAUUUGUCGUGCAAGGCACGUACCUAUCUGGCAGGAAUUAAUGCACAUCUAUCUUUCGAAAAGCAUUUUGGCUGCUUCAUUGAGCUCUGUCACUCACCGUAACGUGGCGUCCAUCUCAAUGACAGAGAUAACGAUUUACGAAACCGUUCUCUUGCUAAAAUUUGAUGUGCAAUAUUUCCUGGUACUGGGCUUACUGUACUGUAUGAAGAGAAUCACAUUUCCGAGCGCGCUUUGCUCCAUGCAGCUGCAGUCGAGUGCGUCAGCUUAGGUGCGUGUGAUAGUUCGUGCACGCGUAUGCGCGCGUUCUUUGUUACGUCCUUCCGUGCGGUUUCCGUCGCGCUUUCUGUGUGUCCAUGCGUUAAAAGUACCGGUUUCUCACAUGCAUAAUACUCAGUCACGUCAUGAUUUUUAAUAUGUAACAAUAAUAUUUACUAACUGUAAGUAAGGUAAACAAAAAAUAAUGAUGAUAUAGUUAUAAUGUGUAGUGAUGUGUGAAGUAAAGAUAACAAAAAUGAGUAAAAGAGAACUGUGAUGGGCAAUAAAAUGCGUUUAUCCAAGGCUAGAGUAAGAUUGUGAUUAUGAUUUCAGAAAAUACUGAUUGAAAAUAAUAAUUAAUUAAUAAGUUAAAAUGUUGAAUGUUUAAAUAAAUCGAUUUAUAAUGAAA